GACACAUUCAUGGCUGGCUGCUGACGAGUAGACUUUUGACCUGACACAGACACGUACGCACCGUCAUGAGCAAUGCAAGGAACUCGAAGCACGCCCGGUUUGUUCAACGCCGUGGCGGACUAAAGGGCCGCCACGCUUGGAAUUACAACUCAGCCCCAUCGAGCUCCUGUCCUACCAGCUGGUCCGGCUCUGGCUCAUCUGCUGAUGGUUCUGACUCGGACUCAGGCUCUGGGUACGGAUUUGGCUCAGCGGACUCUGAGGCUGGCCCAGCCGACACCGCCACGAACUCCGCGUCUGGGUCCUCCAGCAUAAGUAGCAGCGACACUGGAACGUUCAACAUUGCUCCCUCCAGCUCUUCAGGAAUCUCCGGCGCUGCUGUAGGCAGUCACACUGGCCAGCUGACCUGGUACGGUGAGUCGUCUCGUCGUUGAGCAACCUCAAGUGAGAGGCUACCUGCUGACGGUGAGAACGCACCUCUUA